AUGAUUAAAUUAAAAAAAUUAUUUUUUAUAAUUUUUUUAAUAAAUUAUUUUUGUUUAAUAGAUUCCAACGUUUAUGUAAAAGAUGUUACAAUCAGAAAAAAUGAAUAUUAUAAAUAUUCAGAUGACGGAAGUGAUUGUGAACUUUUUUCAUUUUUGUAUUUAAUAAGUGACUCUGGUGAUUUUACAUUUGAAAGUAAUGAGGAUUCUCUUAAUCCCUAUGUUAGUAUUAAUCCAGUAUUGACGAAUGAUACAGCAAAAAUAUUUAAAAUAGAAAUUAGAGAGAUACCCAUUGCAGUUUAUACCCAUAAUUUUAUUGUCAGUGGUUCAAGUACAUAUUACUUUGAUAUUCAUUAUGAAUGUGCCGUUUUUCCUAUUGAUGAGUUCGAAAUUAAAGAUAUUUCAGUUCGUGGAAUGGAGCUCGAUAUAAAUGGAAGGGUAUCAGCUGUCUUUAAGUAUGAUAAUCUUAAAGCUGAUUUUAAUACUGAAAUUGGUUGUUAUUACUGUUACAUUACAAAACUAAGUAAAAAUUAUUAUCUAUAUAUUUUAGAUUUUAAUUUUAUUAUCCCAGGCGAUUUAAAUAAAACACUCAGUAUCACUUAUAAUGAUAUUAUAAAGUCUGUUUCAUUUAAAUCCUACUAUGACCCAACGGCCUAUACUCUCCAGCCUCUAUUUACAUAUUACUCAAAUAAUACCAAAUAUUAUAAACCGAUUCAUACUUUGGCAGGAUAUGAAAAUUACAGAAUAAGAUCAGGUUUUUUUGUCUCAAGACCAAUUUCUAGUAAAGAUGGAAAGGUUAAAUACAUUGGUUUAGUUGAUACUUCAGUCGAUACAUUUACAUUUUUAUUUUUAUCACAAAAUCUAGAAAAUUUAUAUCCUGUUUUCACACAUAAAUAUAUUGUUGGUGACCCAUUAUUUCAACCAUCACCAGUAAAUUUUGACCAUAUUUUAGAUUCACAAUCAAUUACAGUUCAUUUCGAAUUUAGUUCCAGCCAAUACGACUUUUAUCCAUUCCAAGUAGAGUAUUUUAAUUCAGUACUUAUGAAGUUCCCAUUUGGCUAUAAAAGUGGAAAUCUAUACAAUUAUAAAUUCAAUGUAUCCUUAUUUUUAGAAGAGUCUGAUUUAGCAACAGACAUAAAAUUAAAGUAUUUUAGAUGGAAUUAUAACCCAUUUGCAUUUUUAUCAGUUUCUUUUCAUCUACCGGUUGAUGAAUUCUCUUAUGAAAACGUUCAAUAUAUUCAUUUAUAUGAUGAUAUUUUUAUUUUAAGGAUAGAAGGUCUAUCAAAAUCUAAUCCCAUUUAUAAAUGGACUAGAAGAUUGCCAGAUACUAAACAAUACUUUUAUUUAGAUGGUUUGGUUAGUGGUAGUAUUAUGAAUCCAACUUAUGAUUUCCACGUAUCGAUGUAUGAUACAUAUGAUGAAAUCGGUCCCAAUGAAGGUGAAAGUAAUUCUUUAAUUAUCAACCAAUAUUAUGAUAUCAAAAAUAUUAAAUAUUUCGCUCACCCAUCUUUUAACGACGAAGGAUUUGAUUAUUUUGCUAUAACAUAUGCAAAAAUGUUAUAUUCAGAAAUAGAUGUAACAAAUAAAACUGCAGGUAAUAUAUUAUAUUUCAACAUUUCAAAUAUUAAUCAAAACACCCCAGUUUCGUUAGUUUUAUAUGACCCAAUUAGACAGGGUUAUGGUCUUCAAAAUAAAGAUUUUUGGCCAGCUACAUGGAAUUCAUAUUUAGAAUUAUUCCAAAUAGAAUUUUUCGUUAAAGCAAACUCUCACCCAGGAAAAAUACCAUAUUCUCUUUUCUUUGAUAAACAAAAUAAUGUACCAAGUUCAUCAUUACCCGAUGAUGCACUAUUUACUAUUAUUUCUAAAAAUGAAGAUUUAUAUGGACCAAUAAUUGACAAUUUCAAUAGGUUCCCAAAUGAACUACAAGGUUUCUUUAAUACCAACUUAAUGUCAGAUAAAGUGGCCACUUGGACCUUUAAUAUUAUUGAUGAAAUUAACGGGUUUAGAGAUGGUUAUAUUGUAAUAAUGGGUAAUUUAGAUGGUUCAAAAUAUAAUUUUUCUUUAUCUCCAUAUAUUGGAGAUGGCGAUAAAUAUAAUGCAUCCUAUUCAAUUUCAAUUAACCUAGGUACGGUGUGUGCAAGUCAAACAUAUAUCAUAGUGGAAGUACUAUUAUUUGAUGAGCAAGGCAACAACUCUACAUUUUCACUUUUGAAUCCAUUCCAGAGUUAUGACGAUUCACUUUCAAACCCAUUUAUCAAUUAUUUAUACACAGAAGAUCAAUUUUAUAACAAUAUGGUUGUAUGUGAAGAUAUUGACGAUUCUCCACCAGUUUUGCUAAACUUCGAAUUAGUCAAUGCACCUGAUGAAACCAACCCAAUUGACGUUGGUAGUCUUAAUAGAAUGUUGAAUUUUAAAAUCUCUGCAAAUGAUACUGAAAGUGGUCUCAAGCUAGAUAAACAGUCCCCAAUUAUUUAUUUAUCUACAUCAAAUCUACGUACGCACGAAUGUUACAGCGAUAGAUUUGUUAUCCAAGACGAUCUAACAGUUACAUUUAUUUACAAGUGUCAAAUUCCAUUGGGUUUCGGUUAUCCACAUGGUAUCUUGUUUUCAAUUUAUAAUUUUAUAAAUCAAGGUGGAACUUUUGGGGGAUAUUCAAACUAUGACUUAAAACAUUCCAGUUUUGUUUCAGGAUUGGCAAAAGAAAGCAUUGUUUAUUCUUUAAACCAUCCUAUUAUUUCGGGUGGAAGCAGAGUUAGCGCUGAUGGGGGUGAUUUAUGGAUAUAUGGUAGGGGUUUUGCAAAUGUUUCCUCAGUUUAUUUAAGGGUUGAGCCUAUAUUGAAUAAAAAUAGACAACUUAGAGCUCCUUGGUUAAUACCUCUAGCAAUUAAAAAAAAUUUAUUUAGUGCAUUACACAUAUCGGGUAUACCAAAAGGAACUGAUAAGUUUAAUUUAGUCUUUGACUACUUAGACAUUAAAGAAUAUCAAGAUCCAUUUGUUUUUAUUCCAUCUGAAAAGGUUGUAGUAUUUCAAGAAGACUUACCAGUUAAUCCUAAUCAAGAGUGUUUGGGUACCCCUCAAUGUGGUGGAUCAUCUAGAGGAUAUUGUUCUAAUACUGGUUGCAUAUGCUAUUCUCCAUAUGUUGGUAAAGAAUGUUUAGAUACAGUUAUUAUUAUACCAGAGUCUCCUUUGUCAUCAAAUAGAACUGAUCCAAUUACUCAAUUAAAAACAGACUUAUUCAAAUCCCUUAUUUCAUUAGUAUCAAUUAGAGAAAUAGAUAUUUAUGAUAAAGUAGUUUUUGAACAUAAAUUCGAAAAAUGGACACUAAAUCAAUUAUCAAAUGAUACCAACGAUUACCAAACUACUGUUGGUAAAUCUACAUUGGUCAAAGUAAGAUUACAAUGGUUUAGUAAAGAAACCAUCAUUAAAUUUGCAGAUCAACAAAUCAAUAUGAAUCCAUCAAGUGUUAAGUAUAGUAUCGAAAUAGUAGAUUAUCCAUUUGCAUCCAAGUUAAACUAUUUAGAGUUAGUAAUAAAAGCAUCUUUAGAAACUUUAGACUCAACAUGUUCAGCUCAAGAAUUUGGAUACACAUCAGGUGACAAUAUGGAGUACAUGAAGAUCCAAAUAGAUGAUCAUUCAUUAUAUGGUAGAUUUAUAAGAAGAGGUAUUUUUGAUGAGUUAAAACAAGUCAAAGCAAUAACAAAUAGAAUAAUUCCAGAUAACAGUAUAAGCAAUAGUAAUUCAUUUUCAUCAACUUUAAUAGGAAUUAAAAUGGCAUACUUUUCUAAAAGAGCUAUAAUCGACCCCGAUUUUUCUGUAUUACUUGACUCGAACAGAGUAGAUAAAAAAUCCAAUUCUAUAUGUUCUAACAAAGGUUCAAAUAAAUUAAGUGGUUCAAAAAUCGCUGGUAUUGUAAUUGGCUGUGUUGCUUUUGUAGCUAUAGUCAUAGUUUGUAUCAUUUAUAACCAUCAACGUAAAAAGAAACAAAAAAAAUUUGUUGCCAAUAUGCAACAAAAAUUAAAACAAAUAAAUUAA